AUGGAGGAAUCUAAUUGCCCGGUUGGCUACAAAAAGACCGCCGUUUUGAAACACACCUGCUCUUAUUCGGCCCAAGAUGGCAGCAUUUUGGGUUGCACAGCCAUUUGCAAAAAGCUGAAACUGAUUCCCGAAUGUUGCUAUGGUUACUAUGGGCCUGACUGUAAUGAAUGUCCUGGUGGAGCUGACUACCCUUGCUCAGACCAUGGUUCAUGCUCGAGUGGUAUGAAUGGAACAGGACAUUGUUUUUGUCAGACCAAUUUUGACGGGGUGGAUUGCUCGAUGUGUGUAGCCGGAUACACAGGACCAAAUUGCAGCUCCAAGGCUGACAAAUGCGGUUCCUGUGGUCCGAAUGCCGAGUGUCACGAGACAAUGCAAGGAGAGUUCGUGUGCACGUGCCGGCCGGGUUUCUUAAAUGUCUCAGACCGUGGAUGUCUUUCCAGCUGCCACGCCGCCAAUGGUGGAUGUCAUCAAAAUGCACGUUGCUCCCUGAACUUUUCCGGAAGUGAGAUACCCUCUGUUUUGUGCACCUGUCGAGAUGGUUACUAUGGAGACGGCAAAAAAUCGUGUCUUCCAAUUGUCAACCUUUGCAAUACAAACAACGGAAAUUGUUCUCCGCGCGCCAUUUGUACAUUUACGCCUCCUACCGUGACAGACAAAUCGGCAGGAAAAGUAACAUGCGAGUGUCACGAGUCCUACCUUGGUAACGGUACAACAUGUAACAGGGACAUCUACAACACGUUGCAAUUCAUGCCAAAUAUGUAUAGGUUUUAUGAAUUGAUAUCUGCCGGUUCGAAAAGCGACAAGUAUCAUGACAUUCUGGUUGAAUUACUGGAAGAUUUGCAGUCGAACAUCACGAUUUUUGUGCCUAUCAGUGGACUAGCAAACUUACAGAAUAUUUCUAACUUGGAUCUGGAAAAUCACAUUCUGUUAUCAAAGAUUUUAGUCAGCGCUGUUCCAGGCAAGAAAUCAUACAAAACUUUCGCUGAUCAACAGAUCGAAGUGGAAACAGAUUCUUCUGGAAAGCAAUAUGUGAUACAAGAAUCGAUCAACAAAAUCAGAAUAAUCGAAUCCAAUAUAUUGAACUUUAAUGGAUAUAUCAAUUUAAUCGAGAGUCCGUUGUGGUAUGAUUAUGAGAUUCCAAAAACGGCAACAUCUAUCCAGUCUCGUCGGGUUGUGGCCAUCAUCGUACCGAUCAUUUUGCUGUUGUUGCUGGUGAUGUUGGCAGUUUUAUACCGGAAAUACGCCGCAGAUAUGACAUGCAGAGAAAUUUGGCAGCGUUACAAAAUGACGUCGGACACGAAAAUAUCAUUCGCCCACCUAAAAAGUAAUGAGAGUCAGGAAAUGCUGGCCCCCGAUGUACAGAACCCAAUAUUUGGACCUCAAGAACUUCUAUUAGACGAGCAGCAACAACCUUGUUAG